UGCCCCUUUUAUAAUGCAGCCAGUAAGCAGCAACAGUAGUGUAUCAUUCAUUAUUAUUUUUCGAUCAUCUGCAAGUGGGUUUUUGCCUUACCACUUCUUCUUUCUCUCUGCCCACCUUUCAUCACAGUGAAGGAGCCAUCCUCCAAGUUUUAAAUGGAUCUUGACUCCGGCGACGACGGCGAAUUUCCGGCGAAUUCAGCUAAUUCCGACGCCGAAAUUCAGUGCCAUUCGCCAUUCCCUGAUGAGGUGCUGGAGAAAGUUCUUUCUUACAUUGAUUCACACAAGGACAGGAAUUCGAUUUCCCUUGUGAGAAAAGAUUGGUACAAUGCUGAGAGAUGGACAAGAUCGAAGCUUUUUAUAGGCAACUGCUACUCAGUGUCGCCGGAAAUUGUGGCUAGAAGGUUUUCAAGAAUUAAGAGUGUCACACUUAAAGGGAAGCCAAGAUUUUCAGAUUUUAAUAUGCUCCCUGUGGAUUGGGGUGCUAAUGUACAUCCAUGGCUGGUUGUAUUCGCCAAAGUUUAUCCGUUCUUGGAGGAGCUGAGGCUCAAGAGGAUGACGGUCAGCGACGACAGCCUGGAACUGUUAGCCAAAUCUUUCCCUAGUUUCAAGGCUUUAUCUUUGUCGAGCUGUGAUGGAUAUAGCGAAAUCGGGCUCAAGGCAAUUGCCGGAUAUUGCAGGAACUUGACCGAGCUCGACAUACAGGACAGCGUAACAAUCGAGGUCGGCGGAAGCUGGUUGAGUUGCUUCCCGGAGGAUUUCAGCUCGCUGGAAGUACUAAACUUUGCCAGUCUCAGUAGUGUCGUAAAUUUCGAUGAUCUGGAAAGACUCGUCAGCCGGAGUAAGUCGCUACGGGUUCUGAAAGUCAACGAGAGUAUAACGUUGGAACAGCUGCAUCGAUUGCUAGUGCAUGCUCCUCAGAUUACCGAGCUCGGCACGGGUUCCUUCUCGCAAGAACUUACGCAUCGACAGUAUGAAGACAUCCAAAGCGCGUUCAGCAACUGCAGAAAUCUUGAAGUUCUAUCGGGAUUAUGGGAAGGCGCAACCUCGUUAAAUCUCCCUGUUCUUUACGGCGCUUGCGCCAAUCUGACGUUUCUGAACUUGAACGAAGUCCCCCUUCAAAGCAGUGAAUUUUCGAUGCUUCUUGCUCACUGCCCCGAUUUGCGUCGCCUUUGGGUAAUGGAUACGGUUGAAGAUCGAGGGCUUGAGGCUGUCGGGUCGAGCUGUCCGUUGCUGGAAGAGCUUCGAGUCUUCCCGGCGCAACCUUACGAUCACGAUCACCACAUCGGCGUUACGGAAUUGGGAUUUUUGGCAGUGUCGCGCGGGUGCCCCAGACUGCGUUACGUGCUCUAUUUUUGCCGUAGGAUGACGAAUGCUGCUGUUAUGAACAUAGUUCAGAACUGUCCGAAUUUCACCCAUUUCCGGCUCUGCAUUAUGAUGCCGCGCGAGCCUGAUUACUUGACGAACGAACCUAUGGAUGACGCCUUCGGCGCUGUCGUGAGAACGUGUCGUAAGCUGAAGAGGCUUUCGGUUACGGGGCUGCUCACCGAUCUGACGUUCGAGUACAUCGGGAGCUACGCGAAGAAUCUGGAUACGCUGUCGGUGGCGUUUGCGGGGACGACGGAUCGGGGGAUGCAGUGUGUUCUUGAAGGUUGUCCGAAGCUGCGAAAGCUCGAGAUUCGGGAUUGCCCAUUCGGGAACGUCGCGCUGCUGUCGGGGCAGGAGAAAUACGAAAUGAUGCGAUCGUUGUGGAUGUCGUCGUGCAAGGUGACGGUGAGGGGCUGCCGGAUGCUGGCGUCGGAGAUGCCGAGAUUGAAUGUUGAAGUGAUUAAGGAUGAGGGGAGCAGCGACGGCCUCGCCGAUAAAAUUUAUGUGUACCGGACCGUGGCGGGGCCGCGGCGGGAUGCGCCGCCGUUGGUGCUCAGGCUUUGACGGCGGAGUAACGGUUGAGUUUUUGCUGCUGAUCGAUGCUUGUAUGUAAAUUGAUUGUGAAUUUUUAUGUGUCGAAUUAUGAUCCCAGGUUGCGGAAUACGUAGUGUUUGUUGCUUUGUAUGAAUAUUUGUGUUAAAAAGAACCGAAAAUUAUUUAAAAUC